AUGAAGUCGCUCCAAUGCCUACGAGGCCAGCAAGCCCGAUUCCUCACAUGCAUCCCUCACGGGUCAUCCGUCCGCUCCCAUCUCCACGCUUGUCGUCUUGACACUCGUCCGCGAUGCACCUAUAUCGCCGGCUCACGGCCCCGUCGGGCUACCCUUUAUAGGCCAAUCUCGACGACAGCGGGAGUCUUAGGAGAGAAGAAACCGUAUGAGCUUGAGACCGAGGCCGAGCUCUACGACUACACACAAGGCAGGCUGGCGCGCCUAGCAGCAUUCCAGCAGGGCGAAGAUGCUAUCCUUGGAGAUAUGCAUCCGCGGCUAGAGCACCGGUCAGAAACAAUGUCCGUUGCAGACUUUUUAGCGGCGAAUGAAGAUGUGGAAGUUCACGAUCCAAACUCGGACGCGGUAACUCUGUAUGGACGAAUAAGAUCUAUACGCCGUCAUGGAUCUUUCUUGAUCUUCAUCGACAUCGUCAAUCAGUUCCAAUCCAUCCAGGCCAUGAUCAACUGGGGACAGGUUUCUCAGACGUCGAGUAUAACGAAACAGCAGUUUAAGCUGUUUGCGAAGAUGUUGGAGAAAGGCGACCAUAUAUCAAUCACGGGCCGUCCAACACGGACAAGCACGGGGCAACUUAGCAUUCAGGCGACGGUUUUGCCGGAGCUUCUCUCUCCAGCGCUAGAACCCGUCCCUGACGUGUUGACGGAGGCUGACAAGAAGAUUCAACGACGUCACCUCGACAUGCUGGUAAACCCCGAGGUCGCAGAUACUCUCAGGCUUAGAGCCGGUAUACUGGCGUACAUACGACAGUUCCUCCAAGAGCGCAAGUUCCUGGAGUUUCAAACACCUAUUCUUGCUGACAACGCUGGAGGUGCCAUUGCGAAGCCAUUCGUGACGACCUCCAGCGAGGUCCCAACUAAGGAGCUUGCGCUCAGGAUCGCGCCCGAGUUGUGGCUGAAGAGACUUGUUGUUGGCGGUGUGCACAACGUCUUUGAGAUUGGACCUGCGUUCCGCAACGAGGGUAUCGAUGGCACGCAUAAUCCUGAGUUCACCAUGUGCGAGUUCUACAGCGCCUAUACAAAUCUUGCGGACCUCGUCCACAGGACCGAGGAGCUGGUGUCGGGUCUGGCCCAGCAUUGCCAUAAGCUGAUUUCCACGGAGCUAAAAUCACUUCCGGCGGUUGACGUCAACCUCUUCAAACCGCCGUUCCGGUACGUGGAAUUUGUACCGGCGCUCGAGAAGGCGCUCGGCUUCCAUCUUCCGAACCUCGCAUCUGAAAAUGCGCUUCCAGACAUGAUUACGGUGCUCAAGCUCGCCAAUGUCCAUAUCCCCGGCGGUCCACCGACCACUUUACCUAAGCUGCUUGACAGGCUUGCCGCCGUAUAUCUAGAGCCUCUAUCGUUCGAGGGGCCAAUCUUUAUCACUCACCAUCCCACAUGCAUGUCGCCACUUUCCAAGAGCUUCAUAUGUCCCAAGACAAAGCAGGAAGUGUCGGCACGGGCAGAGCUGUUUGUGAACGGGCGUGAACUCGCAAACAUGUACGAAGAGGAGAACAACCCCGAAGUUCAACUCCGCAAAAUGCUGCAAUACCGUAAGGGAGCGACAAUAGCGGCGGGGGGCAGGCACGGUGACGUCCUCGACGACGGUACAGCGGUGUACGAACAAACCCAAGCCGAGGAGCAGGAGCAGGAGCCAGAGCAGGAGCAAAAGGAGUUUGAGGAAGAGGAGGAGAUCGUGGAUGAGGAGGCCCCUCCCGUGGAUCUAAGUUAUAUCCAGGCCCUGAGAGCGGGGCUCCCUCCGACUGGGGGUUGGGGCUGCGGUAUCGAGAGGUUAGUGAUGCUCUUUUCGGGGGCCCCGAGAAUCAGCGACUGCCUGAGCUUUGGCACUCUCAAGAACGUGACCAGCUUGAACGCGAACGCCAGCGAGGUACUGCGAGCCAAGACCCUGCCGAAGACUGGCGGGCGGGACAAGCUUGAGGCUCUGUCACGAAAAAUAAUGGAGAAGGAGUCCAAUUCGGCGGGGGAGUCUAUGUAA